GAUGAAUUAAUUUGCUGUUUAGAUAGUUUAAUUAUUUUUUUUUUUAUCUUUGUUAUAAAUACAUAAUAUAUAUAAAUAGUAUAGUAAUAAAAAUGAUUAGUAGAUCAAUUAGACAAUUAAAUAAAAGUGGAUAUUUAAAUAAAUCAGUUUUAAAUUAUACAACUACAACCAAUAAUGGUACCAAUGAACAAUUUGUAAAUAAAAGUGAAAAAGAAAGAAUUAAAAGAGAGAUUUUAGAAAGAAUUAUAAGAGUCGAUCAUGCAGGAGAAUUUGGUGCAGCAAGAAUUUACGAAGGUCAAUUAGCAGUAUUAGCCAAAACUAAAGAAGGACCAUUAAUCAGAGAGAUGGCAGAUCAAGAAAAAGAACAUCAAGCUAAAUUUAAUCAAUUAAUUUAUGAAAAGCGUGUUAGACCAACAGUAUUAUCACCAAUUUGGAAUGUUGCUGGAUUUGGCUUAGGAUAUGUUUCAGCAUUAAUGGGUAAAGAAGCUGCCAUGGCUGUCACUGUUGCUGUAGAAACUGUUAUCUCUGAUCACUACAAUGACCAACUAAGACAAUUAAACGACUACGAAAUUGACGAUAAAGAUUUAAGAGAAACAAUUAAAAAAUUUAGAGAUGAUGAAAUGGAACAUAUGCACAUUGGUAUUGAGCACGAUGCCGAAUUAGCUCCACUUUACAAACCCUUAUCAGAAUUAGUUAAAAUGGGUACCAAAACUGCCAUUUGGUUAUCAACAAGAGUUUAAAUAAAAUAAUAAAGCUAUUAAAUAAAUACCAAAAAGUUUGUAACCAUCAUCAAUAAAAUAAAUCUCUUAUAAUACCAAUAUAAAAAUAUUUAAAAUAAAACAUAAAUAAAAACCAAAACAACAGUCAAUCACCAAAAUUAUCUCUUUUCUGAGAAUUAUUAACAAAAAUUAUUUUAUUAAGUAAAUUUAUAUAAAAUCAAAAGCCAAGAAAUUACAAUAGAGUUAAUUUCAUCAGUAUUGGGUCUUAGAGGACCAUUAACAGUUCAACCACUCUAAGAUAAUAAAGGAAAUAUUUUAUUAUGGAAUGGAGAAAUGUUUGGUGGUUAUGAUAUU